AAAGGGAGGGCCGUUGCCUUCUAGGGUCCUGGGGGCGCUCACGUCCUGUGAGGGCUUGGAGUGGCGUUGUCGCCCGGAGUCUGCAGGGUGCACGGCUGGAUUUACGUGCGGCUGUGGGAGAACCUGCAGCAGCCUGGGAGUUGUGGUCCUGGUGUUCUGAAACUCACCUUCUAAGCAGAUAGAAAGUUUCGAAUGAGUUCAUCUUGAUUUCAACUAAUAUCACAGCGAGUCUGGUGUCCCUCUGCCACUGUGAGAUAUAAACAAAUAUAACCUUCAGGUGUAUCCUGUGAUUUAUCUUACUGGGAGCUGAGUCCAGUUCUGCUGUCUUUGAGUUAAUCAGACAUAAUGGAGGCACCCCCAGUCACCAUGAUGCCCGUUACUGGGGGCACUGUAAACAUGAUGGAGUACUUGCUGCAAGGAAGUGUUUUAGAUCACAGUUUGGAAAGCCUCAUCCACCGCCUUCGGGGUUUGUGCGACAACAUGGAACCGGAGACUUUCCUUGACCAUGAGAUGGUAUUCCUACUUAAAGGCCAGCAGGCCAGCCCAUUUGUUCUAAGGGCCCGACGAUCUAUGGACAGGGCAGGGGCACCUUGGCACCUACGCUACCUGGGACAACCAGAAAUGGGAGACAAGAAUCGCCAUGCCCUGGUGCGGAACUGUGUGGACAUUGCCACAUCUGAGAACCUCACUGACUUUUUGAUGGAAAUGGGCUUCCGCAUGGACCAUGAGUUUGUUGCCAAGGGACACUUGUUCCGUAAGGGCAUCAUGAAGAUUAUGGUAUACAAGAUUUUCCGAAUCCUGGUGCCAGGGAACACAGACAGCACUGAAGCCUUAUCACUCUCCUAUCUUGUAGAAUUAAGUGUUGUUGCACCAGGUGGACAAGACAUGGUCUCUGAUGACAUGAGGAACUUUGCUGAGCAAUUGAAACCUCUGGUUCAUCUAGAGAAAAUAGACCCCAAAAGACUCAUGUAACUAAGAGGGUUGGGCCUUCUUUUUUGUUUUGUUUUGUAGUGGUUCUUCAGCUUGAACUCAGGGCCUAGGUGGUGUCCUGAGCUUUUUUUUGCUCCUUCUAC